AGUGAGCAAAACUACCCUAUCCUGGGAGACCGUCUUGAUCACGACAACCAUGCAAUUCACUGAGAUGGAGGAGAGCCUGCUCACUAGCCUAGGUUGCCCAUUGCUGAUUUAAGAAGCCAAUACACUUCUAGAUAACAACUUGUCUCCUCAUGACUCAAACCCUCUUUGGGCACUUGUGUGUUAGUGGGUAGGGAGCUGCUGUAUUUCCAGCUGUUUUGAUGGAAUUUUUGGACUUGGAUUGGGAACGCAGCGGUAUUUUCAGCUGGCUGCAGAAACGAAUAAUGUUAGGUCUCUUCCCCAAAAACUUAAAAAAUGAAUGGUCCUGUAGCACCUUAGAGACUAACCAAAAAUACAGAUAGUAUCAUGGCACAACAAAAGCUCAUGAUACUAACUAUAUUUUUGGUUAGCGUCUAAGGUACUACACGACCAUUUGUUGGUUUUUAAAGUUUUUUAUUUUAUUUUUUUUAGUUACAGACUAAAACGGCUACCCCUCUGACAUCAUUAGCUAUCUCAGUGUGUUGUGAGAAUAAUACAAAUCUGUAGAUCCAUGUAAAAAAAUAAUGGCUGCCUGAAUUUUUUUUUUUUUUUUUUGGCAAUUGGCAAAUCCAUUUAAAAGAAAACAGCCAGUCUGGUCAUAUACUGGCUAAGUGGUAACCACACUAGGAAGUCUAGGGUCCAUGCAUGUGUAGAUGGGGUGCAGGAUCUUUUGGCCUGGGCUGGGACAUGCAAGGAAUUGGGGAGAUAAUCAGGAUUCCUAGCAUAGGAAACAGCAAAGUGAACCUGUUUGACUGGAGGAUGUGGGUGCAUCUCACAUUGCCUAUUGACUGACACCUGCAUAUCCCUGCCCUGUGAGGUGGGGUUAGCAAGUCCCAGGAGGGUGUAGGCAGAGGCAUUUCAACAAAGUUUUCCGCACAGAGCUGCAAAUCUCACCAGAGAGAUGUCUAGACACAUCUUGGGAUCAGCUAGGCUAUGUCAACCUGCAGCUGGCCAAAACAAACUGGAAACCAAAUGUAGCUGGAGCCAUGUUUGAAUGGUGUUUAGAUUCUGCUUCAGCACAGGGUUCAAAGCCCAGCACCUAAGGGUCAGCUAUUCAGAAGCUGCUGGGAAGAUGACGAACAUCAGUGACCUGCCCGAAGAUCUCCUGCUAGAACUCCUUUCCCUGGUCCCCGCCCGGCAGCUGAUCUGUAACUGCCGGCUCGUCUGUGUCCUGUGGCGGGAUGUGGUCAACUUACCCACUCUGUGGAAACGCAAGUGCCAGCGGGAGGGCUUUAGUCAGAAGUGGAACAGGAAUAUCUUGGACUGGAAGACCUUCUACUUCCUCUGCAGCCUGAAGAAAAACUUACUCAAAAAUCCUUGUGCUGAAGAGAGCUUUCAGUUCUGGAAACUGGACUCCAACGAGGGAGACGAAUGGAAGGUUGAGGACCUGCCUGGGGAACAUGGGACAGACUUUCCCAGCCAACAAGUGCACAAGUACUUUGUCACCUCGUAUGGGUCAUGUCUAAAGUCUCAGCUCAUUAACCUAAAGGAAGAGGGUUACUGGGAUCAGGUGAUGGAUGAAGUACGGCCUGAUAUUACAGUCAGGGAUUGGUAUGCUGCCAGGUUUGACUGUGGGUGCCGUUAUGAACUCUGCGUGCGGCUGCUCUCUGCAGACUACAUUGUCCUUCAUGAGUUCUGUCCGCAACCAGUAGUCAUGGAGCAGUGGAGUGAUGCAGAGUGGAGAGAGAUCUCUCACACUUUCCGGAACUACAAGGCUGGAGUUCGUUACAUCUUCUUCCAACACGGCGGACAGGACACUCAGUAUUGGGCAGGAUGGUAUGGGUGCAGAGUGACUAACAGCAGCAUCACCAUUGAGCCAGGGACGUCCGCGUAGAGGUUCCAUGGGGAAGACUCAGUCUCUGGAACCAAAGGUCGCUCGUCGCCCUUCAGUUAAUCUGGGUGAAUUCUGCCAGUUCAGACUUUGUUUGGUAUCAGAUUUGGUUUGUUUGUUUGGGGGUUUUUUUUUUUUUUUUUUUGCUGUCCUUUUGUGACUCUGUUUCCAUACUCUGGCUGACAAGCGAGCUCUCAGGAGUGGCAGCCAGCCUCCUACAAGCUCUGCCCUCUGAAAUGGCUCUUUUCCCCCAUGCUUUCUUUGCCAGGCCAAGCUGCAGAGUAUCUCUCCCAGGGCAGAGAGUGUGCUGCAGGGCCUAGGAAUCUGCCUCUUCUAAAGUACGUGGGCUUGGCUGUAGCACAAGGAUGUCAGAAAUGGGGACUGAUGUCAGAAAUGGGGACUCCUGCAGCAUUUUAAAGGAGACCUUCAAAGGGGCGGAGAUUAGGAAGUGAGGAUUGUGCCUGUGGGUUUCUGUAGAACAGCUGAGAGGUGUAAAAACCUAGUGAGCUUGGGAGGUUGAAACAGGGGGUUCUAACUCAGCAUCCUGUCACUCUGCCCCCCCAUUCAUGCUAAUUGAGCUGGAAUUGAAAGACAGGCUGUUGGCAGAGGAAGCCAGUUAUUGGAGUAAGGGAAAGCUAAGGGGCUUGGUGCAUAGAAGUAUCUCCAGAAGUGAGAGCUGCUAUCAGCUGAAAGGAAGGAAGAGGGGGAUCCCGGAGGAAGGCAGAAGUAGGCAGGACUGGCUAAUGUGACUACUAUUGUGCUCUGACCCAGAAGCAAAGGGUGAUGCUACCAACUCUCUGCAAACCUCAGGGGUGGUGAAGGAGAGCUGGAGUGGGUGUGGUUUGCCGUUAAGGGCUGCAGGAACUCACCAGGGACCACUUGCGGGCAGGGACUUUUGUUGUUUUACCUGCUUUAGGAUCAGGAUUUUCAGGUCCUUUGAGAGCAGCAUUUUGCUUGGACAUAAAUAUUGCUUCUCUCACCUUUGGGUUUAGGGCUGUUGUGAACCUUUCGAGAGCUUGGCCAACGGUCCGUGGUUUUGGUUGUUAGAGACAUGAACAAGUUCUCAAUGGUCUGAAUUAAACUGCUUUCUUGGAAUCGCUAGUCAAACAUAUGGGUUCUCCAGGCACCUAUAGAAGCUUCCCUAGAAAAUAAUGUGAGACUCCAAAGUGUAGCAUGUAAAGCAAGUGACAAAAAAGUUGCCAGGCCUCCUUUAUAUGCUGAAAACAAAACCACCUCCUCAAGCCCAUGUCACCGCUCCCCCCUUCUUACAGUGUGAAAAAAUCUCUCUCUGAUUUCAACCCUGGGUGUCUGGGAUAGCUACAGAUUGACUAAAUGUAGCGGGGCUGAUGGCACCAGGCUGUAGCUUUUCCUGUACACUGGGGCCUCACUGCUUUAGUGUGUGGCUAAAAAGAAGGGUCCUGGGGCAUCAUAGCACCAAGGAAAGGAAGUGCGGCAGAGAGGAGUGAGUUUUCUUUACACCUGAAGUGCUUGUGCUACUGGCUGGCUAACAGGAAUCAAUAAAGUGAAAUUUGGAAAUCUGCA